ACAUCUUGGUGAUUCAUACCGAAAGAAACUGGCUCUUGAGUAAAGAGUCUCGAUCGCACUUGACAGAAUUUGAUUAUCAAGUCAAAUUUUGGGGGCCAAUUUUCGAGUCCUUUUUCUCCUCAGACUCAACUGUUCUUCAUUGGGGGGACACCAUGUCCACACCCUGCAAAAAAAAACAAGUUGAAGUUUAGACUGGACCUCCGCCUGUUAAUAUUCAACGAUGAAGAAAUAAUAGCGGAUGGAAUGACGGGUGAGGUGGCUCGAAUGGCUUCUAAAGGAAAGCUAUAUGGUGAUCGAUUGAAGUCUGUUUUGGCAACGAAAUGCCAUUUAAAUAACCUUCUUUCCACAAUUUCUUGCCUUGAUGCUAACACAGCAAAAAGUAUCUCUGUUCCCGUAGUGCAAAUAAUGGGGCUCAAUGCACACGUCUUUGUAUUGAAGUUAGUAAACAGAGGAAUUUACACACUUCAAGAAGUAUGCUCCUUUCGCUUUCCAGUGGCAACUAACAGCCUCAAAGACAAUUUGAAAGAAAUAGUUGAUGGAUUAUCUUUGAUCGAGUCGUUGGUAUUAGAAAUAAGGCAAGUUUAUCAGACUUACCAGCUACCUCACGACGACCAUAUGGCUCGUAUUGUCAACGAGGAGAGAAGGCUUAAAAAGUUUUCCCCUUCCAAAUGGACAACGGAUGUGAUAUGGAAUCCUGAUGUAGCAGAGGAGAAAGAUGGAGAAGAAGAAGAGGAGGAGAAUGAAGAUGACGAGGAUGAAGAUGGGGAAGAUGAUGAAGAAGAUGAUGAGUAGAGGAAGAAAGAGAGGAAGGGAGGGCCUUCACACUUUUUGAUCACAAUAAAGUAAGUACUGUUGAACAAGUCAUCAAACCCAAUAGUUCUAUUUGUAUAAAAAAUUCUGAAAAUCCUCUGGAUCUUGAUGCCAUCAUAUUUCUUGAUCACUCAUCAAACGUACCAGCUUCUAGACCGGAUAGGCUACAACUCCGUUUACCACAUCUAUUUUAGCGCAAAAAAUGCCGAUUCGUAAAGUAAACA